AUGGUAGAAUUGACAGCUGUUAGUUCUUCUGUCAUCAAUCCUGACACCAAAGCAAGUGCAAGUGCAAGUGAAUCUGAAGAUGACAACGAAAGAGCCGACGCUGCAGAGGAAGAUACGGAGGAUGAAGACCACACUUUCUUUGAUACCCGUGAUUUUCUCUCAUCAAGUUCUUUCAAAAGCAAUGGGUCUGACAUUCGGACAUCGUCUUUUUCAUCUGAUGAUGAUGGAUUGUAUGCAUUUGAAUCAGAAGAUGGAAUGGACCCUUCCAUUACAUCUGCUGUAACUAAAUUCCCUUAUGUUAAGUGUCGCAAGAAAUUGCCUGAACCUGUUGAAAAAGAGAAGCGAGUUAGUCUUUGGUCAAUGAUUAAGGAUAAUAUUGGGAAGGACCUUACAAAAGUUUGUCUUCCUGUGUACUUUAAUGAACCUCUCUCUUCUCUGCAAAAAUGCUAUGAAGAUUUGGAGUACUCUUAUCUUAUUGACAGGGCAUAUGCAUGGGGAAAAGAGGGUAACAGCCUUAUGAGGAUUCUAAACGUAGCAGCAUUUGCAGUAUCUGGAUAUGCUUCUACUGAAGGAAGAAAUUGCAAAUCAUUUAAUCCAUUACUGGGGGAGACUUAUGAGGCUGACUUUCCAGAUAAAGGUCUUCGAUUUUUCUCCGAGAAGGUGCCGUUUUGCACUGGAAGCAAUUUUUAA